CCUGCCCGGGAGAGAGAGGGAGGGCGGUAGGAGGGACCGGCGAGGCGGGGAGGGGACAAGGAUGCUCCGGGGGUGGCUUUUUGCUUCCUCGCCUGCCCGGAGCUCGCAGGGGCUCGCCUGGAGGAUGUCUCACCCCCUCGGCACAGGUGUCACUGCCGGGGCGAGUUCAGAGCAUGCUGCUGAGGGCCACCCCCAGGAGGUUCCUGGAGCAACACCUUCUCUUCGUGGAGAGCGCAGAGCGGCAGCCCCCGGCUCGGGAAUCGCUCCCGAAUCCAUUCAUGACUGAGGAACCCCCAGCCGAGCCGGACCUGCCGCCCUCCAACCUGACCAACGCCACGGACUGCGGCGAGGAGAUCCUGCUCUAUGGGGACACCGAGAAGGUCGUCAUCGGGGCCGUGCUCUCCAUCAUCAUCCUCAUGACCAUCGCCGGCAACGGGCUCGUCAUCAUCUCCGUGUGCAUCGUCAAGAAGCUCCGCCAGCCCUCCAACUACCUGGUGGUGUCCCUGGCGGCCGCAGACCUGUCGGUGGCCUUCGCCGUCAUGCCCUUCGUCACCAUCACGGACCUGGUGGGGGGAGAGUGGCUCUUUGGGAAGGUGUUUUGCAACGUCUUCAUCGCCAUGGACGUCAUGUGCUGCACGGCCUCCAUCAUGACCCUGUGCAUCAUCAGCGUGGACAGGUAAGGGGGGCACUGGGCUCCAAAAUAAGG